GAAAACUUACAAGGCGCAGACAUGCCAACUCUAAAACUAAUCACUGUGACUGACACUCAUUAUUCAGCUACGUUGCUGAAGUCAUUGAAUGAGCAGCGGAAGAGUGGAUUAUUUUGCGACGUCACCAUAAUAGUACAAGACAAGAAGUUCCGCGCUCACAAAACCAUCCUGUCUGCAUCGAGUACAUAUUUCCAUCAGCUCUUUGUUGUCUCUGGGCAAGUCAUUGAACUCAACUGCAUCCGAGCUGAGAUCUUCGAACAUGUCCUCAAUUACAUAUACAGCUCAAAGAUCGUUCGUAUUCGCUCGGACUUGCUGGAGGAGCUCAUGAGCGCCGGGCAGACACUUGGGGUGAAGUUCAUUGCUAACCUGGCGACCCCGCUUUCCCAAGUCAUAUGUGUGCCCGGUUUAUCAAAGGAUGAAGACCCCCAAAACCAAAUAUCAUCAGUGAUGAAUACGCCCAUCAUUUCGGAGUCCUACUCCAUAUCUACGGAGGAGUUCAAACAGUCGAGCAACACCGCGAAUAAGGACGAGGACUCGGACGAUGACGUCAUGUUCAUCUCAAAGACAGACGCCGGAGCUCAGAAAGCCUCGGGGGACAUCAUUUGUCUGGACUCAGCAAAUGUGGAUAAAGUUGAAAAGGCUCAAAGUGAAGAAUCUUCAAGUGCAAAAUUGAAAGAAGCCGCAGUAACGCAAGAUGUAAAGUUUCCUGACAGAAGCCCGUUGCACAGUCCCGACAGCAGCUCCAAUAACCUCAAUUCCCCCGCCAGAAUGUCGCCAGGAAGUACUCCCACCACGCCAGCAAGGUCCAGCAGCUUCAACCCUGAGUUGCCCGCUGCGCCGCAGUCGUUUGGAAACGGCAGAGUGAUGGAAAACAAUGACGUAUUAGGAGUCCAAAAAAAGCAAAUUUUCACUUUGCCGCAGCAAGGAGAUUCCAAAAUCCGAUUGCUGGACAUCUCGGAUAGCCCUUCCGGUCCAAGAAAUAUUGUCAAUCCUGCGAUGGCGACGAAAAAGACGGUCACGCUUCACACAGCCAAGGAAAUUGAUUCAAUUUCACCUGAUUGUAAAGUUUACGCCAAUAUUGGAGAGAACACUUACGACAUUGUACCAGUGAAGGAAGAUCCAGGAGAGGGAGGCUCGAACGCUAACAAAGAGAAGAGAUCCAUACCGGAAUUUUCCGAGAACCCUAAGUCCUCGCCGGACAAGAAAAAGUCCAAAUCCGAGUCCGAGAACCACUACGAGCUGAUCAUGGAUGGCAAGACUUUCUACGUGUGCACCGUGUGCAAACGUCCUUACGUGUGUCGAACAAGCCUCCGCCGUCACUUCAAUACGCACUCGUGGGAAAGGAAGUACCCGUGCCGCUACUGCGACAAAGUCUUCGCCCUGGCCGAGUACAGGACUAAACACGAAAUUCAACACACGGGCGAGCGGCGCUACCAGUGCCUGAUGUGCCACGGUACCUUCCUCAACUACCAGCUACUCUCCAACCACUGCAAGCAAGUGCAUCACAUAGCCCCCAGCGGCAAGAAGGCCAAGGACGGGGAAGACAACAUUUACCGCUUGCUGCCUUUCAAGGCGACGCAGACGAAGGCCUACUCGUGGAGCGCAGACGUGUCGGGUGGGCCAUUCAUCGGCCAGGACGGCGGCACUUACCGCGCGCCCCCUACUCCAGAGGGUGUCCCCCCACCUGCUCAGAGCCAGGCGUUGAAUUGGGACGAUAUUUUCGAAUCUGAAGAGCACAUGCUAAUGGGCCGACCGGGGGCGCCCAACAAUGUCAACCCACCCGAGGCCAAAUCGGAGUUUAAUUUUAACAUUCCGGAGACAUACUGA